AUGGUGCAGCAGCUGCCUCCCGACUAUUCAAACUGGACAAAAGAUGAUUUAAUCAAGAGAAUUCAGAGUUUAGAGUCCUGUCUGAUUCCAUCUGAUACAAAAUAUAAUGUUGCAUCUGAAGAUCUGACUCAAUCAAAUGGCAGCGUACAAAAAUCCUCACUCAGUCCGUCAGCUGAGUCUUCAACUAAUCUACCUCCUGCUACUUCCUCUCCCUCUAUCAUUGCAUCUUCAUCCACCUCUAAUGAAUCCCCUAAAGCACCUAAACAGAAAAAGAAGAAAGAAAUGGAUUUCUCCAAAUUCACUACUAGAAAAGUCGCUAUUCGAUUUGCAUAUCUCGGUUGGAACUACAACGGAUUGGCUAUCCAAGCUACUCCAGACGUCCCCACUGUAGAACUGGAAAUUCUUAAAGCUUUCCAGAGAACACGAAUUGUGCCUUCUUUGGACACGGCAGACUGUGAUUUCAGUCGAUGUGGAAGAACUGAUAAAGGUGUUAGUGCAAUGCGACAGGUUAUAUCACUACGAGUGAGAUCUGUUCUGUCAGUCGAAGAACAGCAAGACCCUGCUAAUGACUCUAGAGAGCUUGAUUAUCUUCGAAUGCUAAAUAGCCAUCUCCCUAAUGAUAUCAUAGCAUACGAGAUAUGUUUACGUCCUCCUCCUGGUUUUGAUGCCAGAUUCAGUUGCACUUAUCGUCACUAUCGAUAUUACUUCUAUCCUCGACCAGAUCUCAAUAUUGAUAGAAUGCAAGAAGCCGCCAAACUAUUCCUUGGCAAGCAUGACUUUAGAAACUUUUGUAAAGUAGAUGCAUCGAAACAAAUUACCAAUUUUGAGAGAGAAAUGAUUCAGUCGUCUAUCGAACGAGAUGUCAACAACCAUGAGAAUGCGUACUACUUCAAUUUACGGGGUACAGCUUUUCUCUGGCACCAGGUCCGAUCUAUGAUGGCUGUUUUGUUCUUAGUUGGCCAAGGAUUAGAAGCUCCUUCCAUUGUGUCAGAUCUUUUGGACAUUACUAAGAUGCCUCGCCGUCCCGUAUAUGAGAUGGCAGCUGACUAUCCAUUAGUUCUUUAUGAUUGUGGAUUCCCCAACAAUAUGGAAUGGGUAUCACUCAAAAGCCAAGAGUCUCUCGAAAACCUGUACAACUCAGCAUUCAACUUGAAGCACGAGUACUGGAUGAAAUCAUGUAUGGCAGAAACUCUACGAGAUAUCGUCCAUACCGACGCAUUUGGCCCAGCUAUCUCUGAGUACCGGCAGCAGAAAAAGACCCGUGUAAAUACUGGCCAGGGCUAUGGCAAGCCCAUUACCAACUACCGCCCUGUUCACAAGCGUGAGCUUCUUGAAACUCCUGAGGUAGUCAAUGCUCGCUGGCGUGAAAAGAAAAAGAAACAGACUUGA